AAGGGGCCACCAACACCACUGCGGCCACCGUCUCCGCCGCUGCUUUCGCUGGAGGGCGGGCGGAUGUACGGGGCGGCUGGGGCCCCGGAGCGAAGCGCCUCAGCGUCUGUGGUCCGUUCGUUGCGUCGGCCGCCACCGCAGGCAACAGGGGUGUCUUUUAUGAAUAAUCAAAAGCAGCAAAAGCCAACGCUAUCAGGCCAGCGUUUUAAAACAAGAAAAAGAGAUGAAAAAGAGAGGUUUGAUCCUACUCAGUUUCAAGACUGUAUUAUUCAAGGCUUAACUGAAACCGGUACUGAUUUGGAAGCAGUAGCUAAGUUUCUUGAUGCUUCUGGAGCAAAACUUGAUUACCGUCGAUAUGCAGAAACACUCUUUGAUAUUCUGGUGGCUGGUGGAAUGCUGGCCCCAGGUGGUACACUGGCAGAUGACAUGAUGCGCACAGAUGUCUGUGUGUUUGCAGCCCAAGAAGACCUGGAGACCAUGCAAGCAUUUGCUCAGGUUUUUAACAAGUUAAUCAGGCGCUACAAAUACCUGGAGAAGGGUUUUGAAGAUGAAGUAAAAAAGCUGCUGCUGUUCUUAAAGGGUUUUUCAGAGUCAGAGAGGAACAAGCUGGCUAUGUUGACUGGUGUUCUUCUGGCUAAUGGAACACUUAAUGCAUCCAUUCUUAAUAGCCUUUAUAAUGAGAAUUUGGUUAAAGAAGGGGUUUCAGCAGCUUUUGCUGUAAAGCUCUUUAAAUCAUGGAUAAAUGAAAAAGAUAUCAAUGCAGUAGCUGCAAGUCUUCGGAAAGUCAGCAUGGAUAACAGACUGAUGGAACUGUUUCCUGCCAAUAAGCAAAGCGUUGAACACUUCACAAAGUAUUUUACUGAGGCAGGCUUGAAAGAGCUUUCAGAAUAUGUUCGGAAUCAGCAAACCAUCGGAGCCCGUAAGGAGCUCCAGAAAGAACUUCAAGAACAGAUGUCCCGUGGUGAUCCAUUUAAGGAUAUAAUUUUAUAUGUCAAGGAGGAGAUGAAAAAAAACAACAUCCCAGAACCAGUUGUCAUUGGAAUAGUCUGGUCAAGUGUAAUGAGCACUGUGGAAUGGAACAAAAAAGAGGAGCUUGUAGCAGAGCAAGCCAUCAAGCACUUGAAGCAAUACAGCCCUCUACUUGCUGCCUUUACUACUCAAGGUCAGUCUGAGCUGACUCUGUUACUGAAGAUUCAGGAGUAUUGUUAUGACAACAUUCAUUUCAUGAAAGCCUUCCAGAAAAUAGUGGUGCUUUUUUAUAAAGCUGAAGUCCUAAGUGAAGAGCCCAUUUUGAAGUGGUAUAAAGAUGCACAUGUUGCAAAGGGGAAGAGUGUUUUCCUUGAACAAAUGAAAAAGUUUGUGGAGUGGCUUAAAAAUGCUGAAGAAGAAUCUGAGUCUGAAGCAGAAGAAGGUGACUGAAUUUUGAAACUACACCCUCAGUAAAGCAAACAGGAGUUGUAGAUAAAAUGUCAUGUCUCAUGUGUCCUGGUUCUUACAUCUUCCUACCUCCCUGUAUCAAGCAUGAUAUAAGGGCUUUCAUGGCAAAUUUUAUUUUAACUGUUUUUAUGGUUGCUGGAAAUGUUGGGUUUAGUUUCUAAAACCAUGUUUUAAGUAGCUACAGGAGCUAUAGAUUUGACUCUAAUGUUGCAUUAGUCUUUUCAGUUAUCUUCUACCUCCUGUAUUUUCUACUGUAAUGUAAUUUAAGGCCUUCCACAAUGAACAGUUCACUUUAUUCCCUGGGUUUUCUAUAAACAGUUUUCAAAAUAUGAUUUAGUUAAAAAAAUAAUUUGUUAUAAAAAUUCUGUUUGCAAAUUAAAAUGUAAAAGUAUCCAGAGUCUCAAAAGGCGAUGAUUUGUGUGAUAAUAUGGCAUGCCCAGAGCCCUACUCAUCAAUUAAAAAUCCAUAUGUAAUAAUUGAGUUCAUUUAACAUGAAUCUUGAAUAUGAGGACCAUUGCUUGCAUGGUUUUUGUUUUGUUUUGUUUUGUUUGUUUGUUUGUUUGCAUUUUUAACUCCAGAUGUCCUAAAGCUCAAUUGUUUGCUCUCUGGUUUUCAUCCUUAGAGAAGCCAGGGAGAACAGACUUGAAAAGUUUAGGAAAUCAUAAUGUGGCAGAGGUGGUGAGAAGAAGAAAGUUGAGCUUUUCCCCUUGAUAAACUUCUGCAUUUAUUUGUAUUUUUCCAGGCAAAACAAAUGGGUAUUCUUUUCAUACAGCCAUUUUCAAAUAAAUCUUAGAAAAGUCUUAUUUAAGGUAUUUUAUGCACAGAAUACACUUAGAUUGAUAGGAAAGACGUCGUAAAGGAGUCUGAGUAAAGAAAAUCACUGAUGUACUUAACUCAGUAAAAAUUGUUAAAAAUGUUAAAAGGUCAGCAUGUUCUAAUUGGGAAUCUAGAUAUAGCUUAGAUUUCCUAUUGGCUUAGAGUAUUUUCUAUAACAAAUGAAGUGCAAUGACAAUUAUAUAUUGCUACUUGGUCACCCUGGACUGGCUUCAUUCUCUUAAUAUUCAGUAAUGACUCAAGCCUCUGGCUGUUAACAUACCCUAGUUGCCAAUUUUUUAAUUGCCAUGAGCCAAAUAUUUCUUGUAUACAACUGAUCAUUUAUUUUAAUGGCUGCCUUUUUAUUUUCAUCUUUUCUUGCUGCUACCCAUCUAUGUAUGUAGUCAUGGGGGGGGGAAUGUAGCUACAUUUUUUAUAGAAAGAUUUUGUGUUAAAAGUGACCAUUUUGAAGGUUUUUAACUGGUGAAAGAAAUUAACCUGGAAUAAUGCCACCAGAGACUGAGUGGAAAUUGCCCCUUUUGAAGGUGCCAUUCUUAUGAGCCAAAAGUUUGUUGUUUAAAAGUUCAUUUUGAGGGAAUAACAUGUAAUAUAAUUUGAAAUAAAGGUAUAGUAACCUUAAAAGAACAUUAUAACUGAAUAUUGUGAAUGGGGUGAAUUUGUUAAAUGAAUAACUUUGAUAAAGUUUUCAUGCACAGGCAAAAUGUAUUCACUAGAUUUCUACGUAGUGAUAUGCUUUUACUUUGUAAUUUGUAGUUCUCAAAAGACUUUUUUUUAAAAAAUAAAGUCCAUACUUAACACUUA